AUGAUUAGUUGCCAAGACGAGGGCAAUGAUGCCAAGUCCCCGAGCGGUAUAACCCCGCCCCCUCUCCCAUUUAUUCUGAUUCUUUCUGCUACGCCGCCGUUAUUCCCCGAGUGCCUCAUCCUCGAGCGAUCCACUUACAUCUCCAUGUCCAGCGCUAGAGUAUACAAAUCCAUUACCACCACCGUCGUUAUACAAUGGGACAGUGGCCAAACCCGCUCUACCGAGGCCGUCAUCCGCCCACUCACCACGGUAUGGUCUGCCGCGCCUGGUUGUCCGACAACACUCGAUAGUUUGGCCACUGGACUUUGCGUCCCGCCCCAAUGGGAUGAGGUCUGGUUUCGCGGCGCAUACUACUCCCCUGGGAUUUGCCCCAGUGGAUAUACGGCGGGAUGCUACGCAUUCGACCCAGAAUUCGCGGGCGUAAAACAAACAAGACAGGUACCGGAGUUAACACCAAAGGCGGAUGAGACGGCCGUUAUUUGUGUGCCACUAGGAUUCGAGUGUUAUUCGAGCUGGACAUUGUUCGCCGUUUCCUACUCGGACGGCUACCCUUAUUCUCGUAUACCCGCCAUCGACGUGCGAUGGAAGGAAUCCGAUAUCCCCUUCCUCGAGACAUCGCCUCAGACGCCUCGAGCCGUUCAACUUCCAACAUCCACACACGUCUCUGAACCAACGUGGGAAGCCCCAGAAACGCCCACUUUAGGCCCUAACGGUGGCUUUGAUACGUCACCUCGAGCUGUGUCUGGCUUGAGUUCGGGACAAAAGGCGGGGAUAGCGGUUGGUGCCGUGCUUGGGGUCGCCUGCAUUGCUAGCCUCCUCGGCUGGGCCAUUUGGCGAAGACGCCGCGCACCGCCCCUGCCUGCCCAGCCAGUAGUUGGACAGCCCACGAUCGAGUUCAAACCUGUAGCUGUGAGGUUCGGGAGUAGCGGACCAUAG